UAUAAUAAACCCUAAUUCUAUCCCAAAACGAAACAAAACAAUCGAGACCGAGUAAUACACAUUCCCUUGAUUAUCUAACAGGGCUAUAUCACACAUCUCUCCGCAAAAACAAGAGCCAAUAUCAUGGCGUUGAACUACGGAUUGAGAUCGUGCGCAUCAAAGCUUCUAUCUUCCUCCAAUUCAUUUCUUCCCAAAUCAGCCAACAGAGGGUUCCAUUCAACAGGAGUGAAGAGGAUGGGAGGAGGACAUGGCCACGAUGAACCUUACUACCUUCAUGCAAAGCACAUGUACAACUUGGACAGGAUGACGAAUCAGAAGCUGAAGAUGACCCUUGGUGUCUUCACCGCCUUCAGCAUUGGCGUUGCAGUACCCAUUUAUGCCGUCAUCUUCCAGCAAAGGAAAACCGCUUCUGGAUAAUGGCCCCUAUCGGAUCAAACCUUCGCUGCAAUAAUAGAUACUGUUUUGGAAUGCCUUGGUAGUAGACUUUAGGUAUGGAUUUGAUUGGUUUUCUGUGUCAUUGCUUUGGAUCUGUUAUGUUUUUGCUUUCUCUGCUGCUCCAACUUGGGAAUAGUUGUUUAAUACUGCAUUAAUUCAUAAUAAUGUUCUGUGGUUCUCAGAGUUCAGUUUGUCUCUGAUGCGCAGAAAUUAGAUCCAUUUUCAGAAUUGGAUGAAUGAUUUGUUUUUGAGCA